AUGGCCACCGAACUUGCCGUCCAGAGCGAGCGCGCUUACCAGAAGCAGCCUCACAUCUUCCAGAACGCCAAGAAGGUCCGCAAGACUGCCCGCGCUGGCAAGAACGGCCGCAGAUGGUACAAGGACGUCGGUCUGGGUUUCAAGACCCCCAAGACCGCCAUUGAGGGCGACUACAUCGACAAGAAGUGCCCCUUCGUCGGCGAGGUCUCCAUCCGUGGCCGUAUCCUGACCGGCACCGUCAUCUCCACCAAGAUGCACCGCACUCUCGUCAUCCGCCGCGAGUACCUCCACUUCGUCCCCAAGUACGCCCGUUACGAGCGCCGCCACAAGAACCUCGCCGCACACGUCUCGCCCGCUUUUCGUGUCGAGGAGGGUGACCAGGUCACCGUUGGCCAGUGCAGACCUCUCUCCAAGACCGUCCGCUUCAACGUCCUCCGUGUCCUUCCCCGCACUGGCAAGGCCGUCAAGCAGUUCAACAAGUUCUAA